AUGACAGAGUUUGAAGUGGUCAGCGAAGGACUGGUGGAGCACACAGUCGUUGUAGAGAGCCCUGAAAACAUGGAGCCAGAAGAAACUAAUGACCCGGAGACAUCAAAUUUAUCAACCAAUGACAGUGCAGUGUCGCCCUCCACGGGUAGUCAGCGGUACUGUGUAGAGCAAUCUGAUCUCGACAGCACACAGUCCUACUAUGAUAUGAAUAUGAUGGACGAAAAGAUCAAGCCAAUUGAAGAGCAGCUACAGUAUUUGCUGAAUAAAGCCGACGAGUUCCAGGCCCAUCUCAUGUACAGUCAUGACCACCACCAAAACGAGGGAUUCUCUCGGGUUGUGCCAACUUUUCUGCGGACCUGCCAGCCAUAUUUCACGUACCUGGAGUCGACUGCUCGGAGCUCGUUGCCACAUCGCUCCCGAUUACCUCUCUACAUACGCACUCGGCUUUUGCAGUUCUCCGAGCAGCUGUGUAUUCGUCUGGAGCGGCUUGUGUUGCUGUAUGCCUCGUUUGGGUUCCUGUCCUUAGAAGAAGCUAACCCUCUCAGUAUUUCCCAUUUCUAUAUCGGCCAGUGUCAGAUAGACAGCAUCAAGGUGUCAGUGUUUCGGUACUGCUGCCCCGCCCCCUUCCUGUCCACCACUAACACAGGGCUUUACAAACGCAUGCGCUGGAACGUGGAGAGACAGAGAGAGAAUGUUUAUUUCCUAUGCUGUGAGGAUAUGUCAGAAGCCCUGGCCGACCUGGACGGAAACGGAGGAAGGGAGAGAGCGAUGGGUGUGGAUGGUGGCACAGUCAGGAUGUGGUCCAUCGGCCAGUGGAUCCAAACACACCCAGACCCACAAACAGAGGACAUCUAUGACUGGAUCUUGUGUUGGGUUCCCGAGGGUCAGUAUCGGCAGCUGUUGUAUUUGGGAACUGAGGAGCCCUCAGCCUGCAUUGCCACUGACUGCCUGCUGGGGGAGCUGUUGUCCAUGGAGGGUGGGUUCACUGUUACCACAGCAAUGUAG